CUUAUAAAGACCGUACGUGCACGUACGAACGGAGUUUUGUUCCCGAAUCACCCUUUUAGUAGACUUGAUUGUACAAUGAUCUCAAAAACAGCGCUGAGUCUCACAGUGACACUUUGCUUUAUGAUGAACAUAGCAAUAGCUCAAUCUGAUGUUUCAAGCAACACUGGUAUCUGCGAUCUACCUAAGGUAGUAGGCAUUUGCUACGGCCACAAGAUUCGCUGGUACUACGACAAGACUCUCCAACAAUGCUCUCAGUUCGUGUACGGAGGAUGUCUGGGCAACGAAAAUAACUUCAUCUCUAAGGAGCUAUGCCAGGAACGUUGCGAGCCAAAUAAAUUGUAGAUAACCCUUUAACAUAAUGACAACCUACGAGUACUUAACCUUAACCACAAUAAAGUACCUACAGCCAACAUAAUUUUCCCAGUCUCUAAAUAAUACAUACCUAUUUUUUUU